GCAGUGAUUUUUAAAAAAAAUCGGAGAAAUGGCCAAAAUUUCAAUUAAAUCCGCGUUCUUAAUUUGUUUCUUGGUCGUCGUCUUCUGCGUAUCAUUGUCGGAAGCGGGAGAUGUGAAGAAGGAUGAUGAACACUGUAUCCCGGAGAAGCCUGGCUGCGGCGGCGGCGGCACCCAGUUCCACAGCAGCAGUGACGACAACGGUCCGAAGUUUAUGGUGACGGUGCAAGAUAUCUUGACUUCUACUUGCGAAUCUGACUCUGACUGUGCGGCCUUUUGCAGUACAACCCAAUUGCCUGUCUGUUUUAGUGGCCAUUGUGGUUGCACCAGCGCCUAGACUUAGCAUAAUGCCAUUAUAUGUGGUGGCCAAAAAAAAAAAGAGUACGGAAUAGGACUCUGAUUCAUUUUUAAACUAAGAUGGUGCAUGCAUGCAUGGUUGAGAUCAGCCUAUUGAAUAAAUGAACGUUUGUUUUUUUUAUAA